CUAGACUUUUUUUUAGUGCUAGUAGAAAAAACGUGCUCAUCCUCUCAUCGUAUCUCCUUCCGAUCCCUUUUGUGCGAUCUCGACUCCCUCCUCUGGAUCAAGGUAGAGCUAGCCGGAACGGCCGCAGAGAACAGAGCCGAGGCCAACAGGGCCUACGGGUCGGCAACCAGCAUCUCAUCUCGUGAUUUCCCUCUCCAAAUCGGAGUGAUGAUGCUAAGAGUUAAGCGAAGAGCUAGAGGCUUAAAUGGUCAGCAAGAAAACCGUAAGCGCGUAAAGGAAUUAUCCAGCAUGAUGAGUGAUCUUAAAGAUAGGGUGGAGAGAAUGGAACAAAAACUCUGUUGGGAGGAACUCAGUCAAGAACUUGCUACAAAGUUUUCCUCAAGCAUUGUCGCGCUUGCUUCAUUUGAUGGAGACAAGCUGCAUUAUGAAAGCACAGGCAUAGUUGUUGAAAACACUUUACGUAAUACAUCUAUUCUGACCUCCUCAGCUUUGGUUAGCACAUCAGAUCAUGAACGCAGGUUCAUCUGUAGACUGAAGAUAAAAGUGCGCCUUCCAAAUAACCAAGUUGUUGAUGGGUGGAUACAGCGUUAUAAUUUGCCUUCCAAUAUGGUUGCUGUGGUCAUUACAUAUUCCCCUGAUCUUAGUACAGUAUGUUUCAGUAACAGCGUGCAAGUCCAGCAGCAUACUGGUUUGUUAGCUCUAGUGCGUUGCUUCGAGUCAGGCAAGUUAAUGCAAGCACAUGGGGUACCGAGUGAUGACCCAAGUAAAAUUGACAGCAAAGGGUCUAUGUUUUCCACAUGCAAAAUUACUAUGGAGGGAAGUGGUGGUCCACUUGUUGAUCUUGAUGGGAGUAUUGUUGGGAUGAAUGACUACCAUAAUCAGGAAGGAACUCCAUAUGUGCUAGGAAAUAAGAUUGAUAAAUGUUUGAGGGAUGCUUGGAUAUGUAGGGACGAAAUGCAACGACAUUGCUGGCAAAGUUUUCCCAGUGCUUUUAGGCGCCAGUUUGAAGGUAGCUCCAAUCAAAAUGGUUAUAGUGAGGGAAGUGAAAGUGAGAACCAGAAACAGUUUUUAUCUUCUAACCCUGAGCCACAAGCACUAGAAUUUACUGAGAAUGUACCUACACCAGAGCUCAUUAACAAUGGGCAUAAGCAUACUCUACAUCCGUGGCCAUCUAAUGGCCUCACAAAGAUGAUAAAUGCUCAAUUAAAUUCUGAUGGUUACCCCUUACCAGACUAUGAGGAUGGAGUCAUGCGUUUGGAAGGUAGUUUUGAAGAGAAAUUUGGCAGAGAUUUCUUGAGUGAACCUGCUAGCAAAAUUGCUUCAAAGAUGUCUCGGAGUGUUGUUGCACUCGCUUCAUACAGUGGCGAUUGUAACGUCGUGGGAAGGCAUUUUGCUUGCACAGGUGUAUGUAUAGACUUCAAUGGAUCCACAUCCAUGACAAGAGUUCUGACUUCAGCAAGCUUGGUUAGAACUUCUGGUGAUGAAAACAAGAUUGUUGAUAACUUGAAGAUUGUAGUGUGUCUUCCAAGUAAGGGGUACAUUACAGGGAAAUUAGAAAAAUAUGAUUUCUGCUACAAUGUUGCUGUUAUCAGCAUCCCGUUUCGCUGUAAUCGUCCAGCAAUGUUGGUUGAUGCACCACAAACUGAGGUAUUAGCUCUCGGCCGUGUUUUCAAAUCAGGCAAUAGUAUGGCUACAGAGGGGUCAGUGACUGGCAAAACAUGCAAAUUUGGUUGCGAAGAGCUUAAGAUCUCCUCCUGUAAAAUCACCAAGGCUGGAAUUGGAGGGCCCCUUCUUGAUUUUAAGGGGAAUGUUGUUGGCAUGAACUUCUAUGACACGGAAGGAACUCCUUACCUGCCAAGUAAGAUAAUUCUGAAAGUAUUAAGGAGUUUUGAUGCAAUGCGGCCUGCUGCUGCUGGUAUUACAAAGAAGCUUAAUUCUAGUUGGCCGGUGCCGAAGCCACAUUGGUAUUACGCGAGUGAACAUCGUCACGGUCGUAAGAUCAAACCAAAAGUUAAAGUUAUGUAAACCGCCGUGAAAUGAUAUCACACUGACUGCUCAAGAUGGUACCCAAAGAAUGGUUUGCUCAUAUUUUAUUCGAACAAACUUGUAAGUAAUGACAGGAUAAUGUGGUAACAUUGUUAAUAAUGAUCUUUAUGCUUGGA